CAGGUCCGAGGGAAGGAAGACCCCUGGAACUCCAUCACGAGCGGUGCCUUAACCGGAGCCAUCCUGGCGGCAAGAAGUAAGACGCAUGUACGGACCAGUGGCCAUGGUCGGGUCGGCUGCCAUGGGUGGCGUUCUCCUGGCUCUCAUCGAAGGGGCUGGUAUCUUGUUGACGCGCUUUGCCUCUGCCCAGUUUCCCAACGGUGUGCUGGCUGGCUCCUGAGCAGACGGCGGGGAAGAAGAAGCCCUUCGUCUACACCCAGGGCCAGGCCGUCCUGAACCGAGCCUUCUUCCCGUGCUUUGACACCCCCGCCGUGAAGUGCAGAUACUCCGCUCUCCUCGAGGUUCCUGAUGGCUUCACCGCUGUGAUGAGUGCUGACGCCUGGGAGGAGCGCGGCCCCAAUAAGUUCUUCUUCCGGAUGAGUCAGCCCAUCCCCUCCUACCUGAUAGCCUUGGCCAUCGGAGAUCUGGUUUCAGCUGAAGUUGGACCCAGGAGCCGGGUGUGGGCCGAGCCCUGCCUCAUCAACGCUGCCAAGGAGGAGUACGACGGGGUCAUAGAGGAGUUUUUGGCAACGGGAGAGAAGCUCUUCGGACCCUACGUGUGGGGAAGGUAUGACGUGCUCUUCAUGCCCCCGUCCUUCCCGUUCGGGGGGAUGGAGAACCCCUGCCUGACCUUCGUCACGCCCUGCCUCCUGGCCGGAGACCGCUCCCUGGCCGACGUCAUCAUCCACGAGAUUGCCCAUAGCUGGUUUGGGAACCUGGUGACCAACGCCAACUGGGGGGAGUUCUGGAUGAACGAAGGCUUCACCAUGUACGCCCAGAGGAGGAUCUCCUCCGUUCUGUUCGGGCCCGCCUACACCUGCUUGGAAGCCGCCACCGGGCGGGCACUGCUGCGGCAGCACAUGGACAUCACGGGCGAGGACCACCCUCUGAACAAGCUGCGCGUGCGGAUCGAGCCUGGGGUCGACCCGGAUGACACCUACAACGAGACCCCCUACGAGAAAGGCUUCUGCUUUAUCUCCUACCUGGCCCACCUGGUGGGUGACCAGGACCAGUUUGACGACUUCCUCAAGGCCUACGUGGACAAGUUCAAGUUCCAAAGCAUCUUAGCUGACGACUUCCUGGACUUCUUCCUGGACUAUUUCCCUGAGCUGAAGAAAAAGAGGGUGGAUUCCAUCCCGGGGUUCGAGUUUGAUCGCUGGCUGGACACCCCGGGCUGGCCACCUUACCUCCCGGACCUCUCCCCCGGGGACUCGCUCAUGAGGCCGGCCGAGGAGCUGGCCCAGCUGUGGGCGGCCGAGGAGCUGGACCCAGGGGCCAUCGACGCCGUGCCCACCUCUGCCUGGAAGACCUACCAGCUGGUGUACUUCCUGGAUAAGAUCCUGCAGCAGUCCCCGCUCCCUCCCGGGAACGUGAAGAAACUUGGAGAGAUGUACCCAAAGAUUUCAAACGCCCAGAACGCAGAGCUGCGGCUGCGAUGGGGCCAGAUUGUCCUCAAGAACGACCACCAGGAGGACUUCUGGAAAGUGAAGGAAUUCCUGCACAGCCAGGGGAAGCAGAAGUAUACGCUCCCCCUGUACCAUGCCAUGAUGGCGGGCAGCGCGGCUGCCCAGACCCUCGCCAAGGAGACCUUUGCGGCUACGGCCCCCCAGCUGCACAGCAACGUGGUCCAGUACGUCCAGCAGAUCCUGGAGCCCCUGGGCAGGUAGAGGCUCCCGCCCUGCCUCUGCCGGCUCGGCCCGCAGUGGCUGCUCCAGGUCAAGGCCCCACCAGGGCACCUGCUCCCCGACCCUGGGCUUCCGCUCUGACGGGCUGGCUCUGGACCCGGCCGGUGACCGAGAACCUCCCUGCUCCCUGGGCUGGGGGUGGCAGGCCUCCCCUCCCCACUGGGGUCUCGGGAGAGCAGGCGUGGUUUUCUUUUUUCUCUCUUUUUUUAUUCUUUAAUUUUUUUUCUGAUUUUUGAAAUACUGUGCCAAGGGCUGAUUUCUGGAGAUUCUUUUUUCAAGUUUAAUCAUUAUUUUAAUAAAUAUUUUAAAAUGAAAA